AUGGCGAAUCCCUCAAUAUCUUUUAUUAAAAGGUGUUUUAUUUCUGCUAAUGAAGAAAUCAAAACAGCACAAAUUGCCAUACCGAAUUAUCAAAGUUCAAUGUAUACUAGUAGAUUAAUAAACACUAAGGAGAUUAAGAUAGCAUAUGAAUCAGCUAAAUUCAGAG